UUUAGAAACAACGGAUUAAAAUAUUUCUUACAUCUAUCCAAUGGCUGAAUAUCUCGCUUCGAUUUUUGGAACUGAAAAGGACAAAGUAAAUUGUUCCUUUUAUUUUAAAAUUGGAGCAUGUCGGCAUGGUGAUAAAUGUUCAAGAAUUCAUAAUAAACCUACAUUUAGCCAGACUGUAUUGAUGACAAACCUUUAUCUAAAUCCACAGCAUGCAGCAUCAAUUAACCCUGGAAAUAUUGGAAAUCCUUUGAGUGAAGUAGAAGCCCAAGAACACUUUGAUGAAUUCUUCGAAGAAGUCUUUACAGAGUUAGAAGAUAAAUAUGGGGAAGUUGAAGAAAUGAAUAUUUGUGACAAUCUUGGAGAGCAUCUUGUAGGAAAUGUUUAUGUCAAAUUUAGAAAAGAAGAGGAUGCUGAAAAGGCGGAAUUGGAUCUUAAUGGGAGAUGGUUUAAUGCCAGACCAAUAUAUGCCGAGUUAUCACCCGUUACCGAUUUUAGGGAAGCUUGUUGUAGACAAUACGAAAUUGGGGAAUGUACUAGAGGUGGAUUUUGUAAUUUUAUGCACUUGAAACCAAUUUCCAGAGAACUCAGACGCGAUUUAUAUGGAAGGAGGAGGAGGCGAAGCUCUUCAAAAUCGAAAAGACGGAGUAGAUCUCAUCAUAAAGAGAGAAGAAGAGAUCGAAGCCCAGAUGACAGAAGAGGAGGAAAAUAUUACUAAAAUGAUUUUAGCUAGAAAAAUCAAUUUUUAUCAUUUUUAAUUAAUUUUGAUAAACGCUAUAUCAACUAAAAUUGUAUAUAUCUUAAAAUAUUACCCUUUAUAUUCAUUCAUUUUUUUAAUCAAUAUUUGUUUUAUUGAGUUAAAUUCUUAUAUGCUUGUAUAUUUUAUUUACAGAUAGAUGUAUACUACCUUAU